GAAUUAAAGAUGGCGUCAGAGAAAGCAGCUGUGCAGACGACAGAAAAGAAAGAGAACUUUGAGAGCGUUAUUAUACGGUCAUUCUUGAAUCUUGAGAAAAUAGAUGUUGAUCUUUACAGUAGAAGUAAGAUGCUGUGGCAGCCUCAAGGAGGACGGGCUGUGUUCGGCGGGCAGGUUGUGGGGCAAGCUUUGGCAGCUGCAUCCUAUUCUGUGCCUUCUGAUCACAAUGCUCACAGUCUGCACUGCUAUUUUCUGCGUCCAGGAAACUACAAAAUACCCAUUCUAUAUUUAGUUGAUCGAACACGUGAUGGCCAGACCUAUGUUGGUCGAAAUAUCAAAGCAAUGCAAGAGGGACAGGCCAUUUUCACCAUGCAAGCAUCAUUCAAGCGAGAAGAGAAAGACCCAUUCAGUCAUCAGUUCAAGAUGCCCGAUGUACCUCCCCCAGAACAAUGUGUGGAUCUUGACAAGCUGCUUAUCAAGGCCAUUGGCCCUGAAAAGGCUCGAUUGUACCGAUAUGGGGUAAGGCAUCGUAUGCCAGAUGAUGUCAUGGCAAUUCAUCGACGUUUAGCAGACAAGACUGAUUACUAUGUGACUAGGCCCUCCUCCGCAAGGCGCUGCAUUUGGAUCAAAGCAGCAGGGCAUUUAGGAGACGAUCACAAGAUGCAUCAGUGCUGUGCAGCCUACAUGUCCGAUGCCAUGUUAUUGGGCACAGCAACACUUCCCUAUACAGGAAGCCAUGCUGAGGCUCAGGAGAAAAUGUUUAUGACUUCGAUUGACCACACUGUGUGGUUCCACUCUACAUUCCGUGCUGACGACUGGCUGUUGUAUGAGAUGGAAAGUCCUGUGUGCGGCGAGGGGAGAGGUUACAACACUGGACGUAUGUGGACCAGGGAUGGCCGUCUGGCUAUUUCAGUUGCACAGGAAGGGGUUGUACGAACACGUCGUACAGACAGAUCAACACUUUUAACACAGACAGCAGACCCUCUAACAUCAAAAUCCAAAUUAUAAGACAUGAACUUUACUUGUGGAAAGAGAUGAAACUAUUUUAUUGUUUGAGAAGAGAUCGGUAAAUGCUACAAAACAAGUUGAUUGCUGAUUAAUAUUUUGUAGCCAGAUAACUUUGCUCCUUGUGAUACACAGAAACGUUGCUUUUAAUAAGAAGCUAAUUCAUUUACAUGGCAAGUCAUCCUUUUGAAAAGUUAUCCAGAUUUCACUUGUGGCGUGGCUGAGACAGAAGUACAUUCUGUUAAAGAGUUAUAAAAAUACAAUAAAAAAGAAUUGUUUUUCUCAAUUUUAAAAACUGUACUUAAACCGAAAGUUUUUACUUUAAA